GGACAAGCCCAUCAAACCAUUAUUAUCAAAAGACUCUGACUACCAUAGUUGGAAACAAAAAAUUACUUUGAAAAUAAUUGCUGCGGGUUUUGAAAAUAUUUUAAAAAAAAAUGAGGAGAUUGCGACCACGACAACAAGUGAGGAAUUAUUAUCGAUAAAUAAAAUGGAGGCAUGGGGUAAGUCGUUAAUUCUAAGCUCCAUAGAUCCAGACCUAGAGAAUUAUGUGAUUUUAAUAGAUACGACAUUUUCUAUGUUGGAGAAACUGGAUAAGAUUUUUCUAGCAAACAGAGACCUGCAGAUCAGUGAACUUCUUAAUGAGUUUUACACUUUUACAUUUAAUUCGGAGGAUAUAUUGACGGCUAUCGGGCGUAUUGAGCUUUUAGUAAAUAAACUGAACUCAUUAAAUCACAAAUUAUCGAAUGUAGAAAUAACAACGAAAAUUAUUUCAAUAUUACCAACUGAAUACAAAGCGUUUAGAUUAGCGUGGGACGCAACUCCAUCUGAUAAUAAAACUAUGGAGAACCUUGUCUCUAGGCUUUAUAAAGAAGAGAGGUUGGAAAAAGCAAAUACAGCUACUACUGUAUUCAAAGCAAAUGAGAGGGAGUGCUUUAUUUGUAAGUCUAAGGAGCACAUUGCCAAGUUCUGUCCCAAAAAUAAUUUCGCACAGCAAUAUAACUGCGCUUGUAAUUGCUCUAAGAAUAAAAAUUUUUUUUGCUCUUUCUGUAAGAGACCUGGUCAUACUGCGGAUAGAUGUUUUAAAAGAAAUAAUAGAAACAGUUAUAAUCAUAAACCAAAUAAUGUGAGUAUAGUUGCUGUUUUAGAUUCUGGUGCUACAUCACAUAUGUUCAAAGACAGUUCACUUUUAUACAAUUUGAAAUCUUUAAAUACACCUAUAGCUUGCGCUGAUAAUAUGACGAUUAAUGCAGAAGCAAUUGGUAGUUGUAUUACUGACACCUGUACUUUAGAAGGAGUGUUACAUUAGUAAAGAAAGAAGAGAAAAGAAUACUAGUAGCGCAUAGGAACAAUAACGGCCUUUAUAUUACGAAACUAAAUGCAAUUUUUCCAACUCUCUCGGCGUUGAUGGUGGAAAGUGAAAGUAUUUGGCACAGACGAUUAGCUCAUUUGAGCAAUGUUAGAGAAACAGCAAAGAACGUUGUAGGUUUAAACCUGUCUAGUUCCGAUUUCGUAUCAAAGUCCUGCGAAGUUUGUCAUCAAGCUAAAUUAUGUAGGCUUCCUUUCAAAACU